AUGCAAAAUGGCUUGCUCCGUUGUCCCUACCAGUUUCAGUAUUUUUGGCAUGUUAUAUGCAAGAAGACUUUAUUAAAGCUGCUUGUCUGCUCACCUUUUCAGAUUCUGGGACUUCUGUUUUAUGUGAUGACUGGAUUUGUGAUGUGGAGUGAAUGCACGUUUUUCAUAAUACAUCCACGUCUGUCGCUUGCAGCCCAGUUUGUCCAUUUAGCGGCGCACGGCUACCAUUAUCUUUAUAUUCAGGUUGAUUUUUAUGUUUCACAUCGUGCUGGCGAUAAAUUUUCUCCUUUUUUUCAGAUCUGUGCAACUGCAAUCAUUUCAUAUCUCUGUGUUUGUGCAUAUUAUACAGUUUUCAAACUCCGGAUUUAUCGUUAUUAUCGCCUGGAUCCACACCACAUCACCGAUGAAAAUAGCUUAUUGUUUAGCGCUAUCUUGCUAUGUCGUCUUACUCCGCCAAUAUGCUUGAAUGUACUGGGGAUGAUCCAUCUCGAUUCACAUAUUACUUCGGAUACGAAAUUUGGGGUCGAAACGCAGUUCACGAAACUAAUGGGACAUUUGGAUGUAAUUCCAAUUUUGGCAAGAGGAAUCAAUAUUUAUCUUCCCAUUUUGAUCGUUCUGCUUGCUCUCGGCACAUGGCUUAGGUUAGUUAUUGAUACUGCGACCCCCACGCAUGCUUUUAUCCGUCACAUUGUUUUACAUAACACUUGGAGAUACAUGUACUAUUUACAAGUUGACGCUGAAAUUUCGCAUGUUUUAGAGCGCAAUAAAAUUACGCGCGCAGCAAAUCGCGAAGAAAGAGAUCAAUAUUGGACGAAGAAGUUGACAACAAAUACGAGUGCAGGUUAUGGAGCAUCUAGAGGAACCAACAACGCUUCUGUGUCGAAUUACCGAUUUCCUGGCAUAAAUGAAUACAGUGAUCGUGAACCAAUCAUAGGAGCAGAUGACGGGGACGAAUAUUCGCCGCUGGGAAUAGCUGAAAGUUCGACGAGAAAUCAUGAUUCGCCUGGUGCGCAUCCUCCUCCGAAUAUGUUCGAUGAUUUAUGA